AUGUCUCUGCCACCACCACAUCCCAAGAUCCCCCAGCAGCCCCGCGAGAAGCCCAUGCAGGUGCUGGCCCUGGGCGUAUCGCGAACGGGAACUUUGUCGACGUACACCGCACUGAAAAUGCUCGGCUACGAACCGUACCAUAUGGCGGAAUCUAUCCUGAACGGCGCCAAUGGGCAUCCGAAAGCCUGGGGCAAAGCAGUCCGCGCAAAAUACUAUGGCAAGGGCAAGCGUUGGGAGGGAAAGGACUUCGAGAAGAUGUUGUGGAGAUAUGAUGCCGUGACGGACGCGCCAACAGCUCUGUUUGUCGAGGAGCUGCUGGAGGCAUAUCCAGACGCUAAGGUUGUCUUGAGUAACCGGGACACGGAGAAGUGGACACAGUCGAUCAUGGACAACUUCCUUUAUUUCUUGACGGGUAAAUUCAGGUGGUUUUACCUGCGAAUAUUCGACCCGGGAUAUGGAGGCGAAUGGUAUGACAUGACCUGGUCUUGCCUCAAUAUCUGGAGUGGUGGCGACAUGUAUAAUCCUGAGGCAUACAAGAAAUACGGUAUCGAACGACACAAUGAGAUGGUCCGAAGGCUUGUGCCAAAAGAUAACCUCCUCGAGUUUCAUCCAAGCGAUGGCUGGAAACCGUUGUGCGACUUUCUGGGCAAGGACAUACCAGAAGACAACCCGGAUUUUCCGCACAUCAAUGAAGGUGAUUCGCUGAAGAAGACUCUGGACUUUGCCCUGCGCAUACGGAUCGUGAUUUCCUUGGCCGAGUGGGCGCUGUGGGUGUCUCCAGUUGCAGCAGCGGGCGGCGCUUGGUGGUGGUACACGCGGAGCUGA